CGAGGAUCCAAGACGGCUGAAUCAGGAAGACAAAAAAUGGCGGGUGACUCAACAUCCGGCUCGCCAUCUCCUUCCCCAAACAAACGCCUCAAAAUCACUACCCCUAAUUCCAAGUCAAUCAUUCAGGACGAGCCCAGUGGUCAUCACCUACAACAAUCGGGGGACGACGAUGAUUCAGAUUCCGAGAUAUGCGGAAUAUGCUUAUCGGACGGUGGAAAAAGGGCCAUCAGAGGCAAAAUCGACAGCUGCGAUCAUUUCUUCUGCUUCGUUUGCAUCAUGGAAUGGGCCAAGGUGGAGUCGCGUUGCCCUAUGUGCAAGCGCAGGUUCACCGCCAUUCGGAGACCGCCCAAGGAAGGUGUCUUUGCUUCAGAACGGGUCGUUAACAUCUCUCAGCGAGACCAGGUUUACCAUCUCUUUGGAAAUGCAACAUCUGGGCCUUUUGAUCCUUAUGCAGAAGUUAAAUGUAGCGUGUGCCAUGGUAUAGCUAAUGAAAGUCUUCUACUACUCUGUGAUCUCUGUGAUUCAGCUGCUCAUACUUAUUGUGUUGGCUUGGGUGCGACUGUGCCUGAUGGUGACUGGUUUUGUCACGAUUGUGCUCUUUCUAGGUCUGAACAUGAAAAAACUGAAGUAGAUACUAACACUGGUAAUAAAAUGAUCUCUGGAAAUUCUCAUGUAAAAUUAUUAGCAGAAGCAAAUGUUUCAGUUUUUGAUAUAGUACGAGAAUCAAAUAUUCCAGUGUUUAGUGGACAUAAUGCAAGCGUCUCUUCACUUCCUACUUAUUUGCCACCUCCUCUUGUCCCCAAAAGGGAACGCAAUGCUGUGGAUAAAGUAAGUGGUCCAAUUGAAAGAAGUAGGAAUACCAUGGGCAAUUCAACUGAACCAGGUGCAAGAACAUUGGGCCUUUGUCGAAAUGUGCACAGCCGCAUACAAGCUCUUCGUGAAAAUUGGCAUUCAUUGCAAAGUAGAUCAUUAGGUUUCUCUUCUAGUAUGGUUGAAUCUGGUGGUGGAAGUCGUAGAAAAGGUACGGUGGCUCUCUUUUCAGUGUCUAAUCAUAGUUCAAGUGAACCACAAUCAUCCUCUUCCACAAGUGAACAAUCUACUUCUCAGAACGGUUUUGUUGAGCCUAAGGUAGACUUAUAUGAUACUGACAAGGCUUGGAAAAUGAUGAAUAUUGCCAAGUCAAUGCAAAAGAAUUGUAAAAGGAAUAGUUGUCUUAACCAGACCUCAACAAAACCCUCUUGCCUGGGAAGUGCUUCAAAAGAUGCAAUCAGCAGUUCAGGCCUUCAUAUAUCGCAAAUCCAGCGAAUUGAAACUAGGAAUGAGGAAAGAACAGGAAAACAGAUGCAUUACAGGUAUUAUUAUCGUGAAAGGGAAAAGGAAAAACACAAAUCUCCAGAAAUGGACAAGCAAAAGAGGAUGGUUAUGAGUAUACAAUCCAGUGAGAGAGUUGUUACUUCUCAUUCACCUCGAUUUUCUCCAUCUCCAUCAUCUACAAAGUUCCAGAUUCAAAAUGACGACUGCCAUGUGAAUGGUGUGAGGCCAUUUGUGAAAAAUGCUCAAAAUAAAUGUCAAGAAUCAUCAUCAAAUGCAAACAAGGAUGGUGGAUAUUCUUGUUCAACUAGUUCGGCUGGUUCAGUGCUACGAGGAUCUGCCGAUUCAUUAGAUUCCAACUUGGAGUUCGGUGUAUCUAUUUUAGAUAUACCUGAGAGGAGAACCAGGUUAGAGAAGAGUUGUUCCAAAAGCAAGGAUAGAAAAGAUGAUAAUGUCAAAUGUGAGAUCCAAUCUCUUGUUAAACUCAAUUUAAAGCUCCUAAGCCAAGACAAACGAUUAGGGGUUGAUGCAUUCAAGGAGAUGGCUAGGCUUGCCACCCAUACCAUCUUGGCAGCAUGUGGUUUUCAACACUCGACAUCCAGUGUCCGCCCUUUUCCAAGCUCAGUAUGUAGCCACACUGAUGAUAUUAAACUGCGACAUAAGUCCACUUUGAUGCCAAAUUCUUGCCGAGAGUGUUUUUAUGUUUUUGUGAAGAAUGUUGUUUGUUCCAUUAUGAUUGAGAAAGGUCAUAGUGGACCUUUAUAAGGUUGUCAAUACCAAGCCGUUUUGUCAUAUUUAUACAUCAUAAGGUGGAUUGCAAUUCUCUUCCCCUUGCAGUCAAACGGCCAUUUUCCCUCUUUGACCCAUUUGUUGUUUUUCUGUAAAACAAAUGUAAGUUGAAUUGGGAGAUAAUGUAUCUAGUGCAGUUUGUUCCGAAGCACAUUGAAAGCACGUGAAUAAAGUAGAAUGGCUUUGUUCUAUUUCUUA